AUGGAUCAUCCAAUUUAUAUUUUUCUCUCCCAAUUUGUAAAAAUCAUGGAUACAUUAUCGGGAAGGGAUCGGGUAACCAAGAUCCUUCAAUAUGGAGCCAAAGUUGUGUCGUAUGGAAUUGAAACUCGAAGACAAUUAGUUCUCAAACAUUUAUUUUCAUCCUCUUCCGAUUCAACAACAUCUCUGAUUCAUCAUGAAGCCUUUGAUUUGGAAAAAACCAAAACAUUCUAUACUCAAGCCUUGAAGAGAACUUCAAAUUUUGAAUCUUCCAUUUCUGACGCUCGGAAAGUUUUUCGGUUUUUUAAAUCCAUUGGUAGUCUUUUGGAUGUUUAUAAAUUUGUCAUUAAUUUAUAUCAAUUACAUUGGAAAAAAGGAACGAAUAAUGAAAAAUUGGGAGAAAAAAGACCAAAUUUAAGAUGGAUUGAUUUUGUGAGAGUUUCUCAAAAAUUCCUUCUUUCCAUUUAUAUUUUGUAUGAUCAUGCGAGUUGGGCAGCUAAGGCUGGAUUGUUUUAUGACGUCACAGAACUCAAUGCUGUACAUGUAUGGCAGAAAUUAUUUAACAACUCACGAGCCAAGCAUUAUUCAGAGACAUCUUGUAAAAUGUGGUUUAUUGGAACGUUGCUCAUGUUAAUUUCAGAUGUAUAUGACUUUUUUGAUACUUUUAAUGAAGAAAUACGGUGUUUGAGAGAAAAAGCUGAUUGUAUGAGGGAUUUACCUGAAGGAUUUUUGAAUUUGAGUGAUUUUCUGGUAGAGCCCUCCAAUGCUGCGGCUGUUCCAACUCCAAGCAAUCCAAUCAAAAAUUCAAGACUCUCAAGUAUUGAUGCUAAAUUGAAAGAGAUUAGUGACAGAAAAUCUCAAAUUGUUAGAAAUAUUAUUAAGAACACUUCUGAUUUAUUAGUGGCUGGUAAUGGUGGUUACAAGGUUUGGUCUCUCAACAACGCUGUGGUUGGUAUUAGUGGAUGUGUGAGUGCCGUUGUUGGUUUGUAUGAAACUUGGCCCGCCCCUCCAUCCAAGUAG